AUGCAACAGUACGCCGUUGAUCAAUGCUGUAAGAUCGAAGAACAGCGGCUCAAAUUCCAACGUGAACAUCAAGCACAGCUGCGUGCCGAUGCAUACGCUGGCAUAAUGGAUUUUGCUGGUCCAAUCGUCAAUCCGUUACCGGAAGAUCCGCUCGAACACGACCGAAACCUUGGGCAAGCGGGCACACGCAUUAUUCUUGCCCCAUCUUUUCCAGGAGGCGAGCGCUAUAUGCGCGCCCAAUAUCAAGAUUCGAUGGCCAUUGUGAGAGCUAUUGGAAAGCCAGAUUUAUUUAUCACUGUCACUUGCAACGCGAAAUGGGUAGAGGUAUCGGAAGCUUUACUUCCACGACAACAUGCCGCAGAUCGACCAGAUCUGACGGCCCGUGUGUUUCGACUGAAACUAAAAUCCAUCUUGGAUGACCUUUCGGCUGGAGUUCUUGGUUUAGAGAUUGCACGCAUUCAUGUUAUUGAAUACCAGAAGCGUGGCCUUCCCCAUGCUCACUGUUUGCUGAUGCUUGCUGAAGCGGACAAGCCACGGUCGGCGGAUGAUUAUGACCGUUUAGACUCUGCCGAAAUCCCGGAUCCAGAAAACGAACAACUUUAUCAAACAGUACGCAUGUGCAUGAUGCAUGGACCAUGCGGUAGAUCGAAUCCGGAUGCACCGUGUAUGAAAGAUGGUGUAUGUUCGAAAAGGUUCCCGAAAAAUUUCACCAAUGAAACAAAACAAGCCGAUGACGGUUAUCCAGUAUAUAGACGACGCAACGAUGGACGUACUGUAACAGUAAAGGGUGUACACCUGGACAAUCGUUAUGUUGUACCCUACAAUCCAUGGUUGUGUCAUAAAUACGAUUGUCACAUAAACGUCGAGGUAUGUUCGUCGGUGGCCAGUAUUAAGUACCUUUACAAGUACGUGUAUAAGGGACACGACCGAGUAGUAAUUUCGCCAUCUACAUCAUUGAACGAGAUACAAGAAUAUCUUGAUGCUCGGUACAUAUCAGCAUCUCAGGCCAUGGCAAUCAUCUUCGGUUUCGAGAUGCAGGCAAAAACAGUCACUGUCGUCGUACUACCGAUACACCUCGAGAACCAACAGGGAAUCGUCUUUAAUUCGAACGAAAACAUCGAAUCUGUCAUCGAACGAGGCCACCACACAAUGCUAACGCGCUUCUUUCAGCUGAUGGCAAAUGAUCCUUCCGCGUGA